AUGCUGCGUGCGGCCAGAUGCACGGCGCUUCUUUUGACCCUGGCUCUGCUGCGCGCGCCUGCACUCGAGGGUCCAUCGUGCCUGGAUGAAGACGGCUACGGCACGCUGCUCCUGCAGAAAGGGGGAAGACAGGUCGCCAGACAGCCAAGCGCGUUGUCUGUUCAGGUAGACCCCGAGAACGGAAUUUGCGAGCCGGUGAAGGAAAACGAAACAAAGGUGCCAAUUCCGGAGCUUCUUGCCCACCACCCAGGUGAGGAUGGCUGGUGUCUCUUUGGCGUGACUGGCGAAUGGGCCAGCAAGUGUGCAGUCAGCCGACGAAAGGGUGACGCUCGGACCUUCGCCGACUCCAUGGGCGAGUACUACAAGUCCUACAUACCCACGUCCAACGUGUCGAAGACACUCAGGCUGCCCGAUGGGCGAAGCCUCCACAACAUCGUCGACUGGUCAUAUCCCCUGGACGAUGCCUACUGCUGGAUUUUGGGCUGGUACGACCUCGACCUGGACCGGAAAGCGGCCGUCAACAACUACACCUACCUCACGGAGGUGUCCAAGGCCUCGUGCCGAAGUCUGGAGCAGAGCGUUCCCAACUAUCAUCAGCUCAGCUUCGGGGACAUGGUGGAGGAGUCCGAGAAAGACACGGACGAGAUUGACAAGCUCUGGGCAUCGCAAAAGCCGGUGCUGAAUCUUUCCCAGGCUUUUGUGGACGGGAUGAAGCUGCAUGCAGCAGUCAAUUGCCUGCUGGGUGGCGGCGAGGGUGGCAUCUGUGAUAUUGCCAACUGCGCGUUGCGCGGCUGUCGCUUAGGCAAUGACAGGCUGGGCUACAAUCUGAGAGGCGACUGCCCUCCAGUGUAG